CUUUUCUCUCUCUCCCAGUCUCCACUCAAAACCACAUGCUCUCUCACUUUUUGCCUCAAACUCCUAUACUUUCUCACUCACUAAUUUUCUUCACUUGGCUCAUCCCUCCUAACCUAGAACCUUAAAAUUUUAGCUUCAAACACACAAUAAAAGAACAAAUAACUCUUUUUGUUACCAUGGAUUCAGCCAAGUUCUCCCCCAGCACCGUUCACCCAGACUUAUUCCCCUUCGACACCAACAAGACCAAUAACUCCUCCGACCCAUUCAUCGUCGAGGACCUCUUCGACUUCUCCAACCACGAUGAUGCUGUCAUCACCGACGCCACCUUUGACUCUGUCCCCGUUAACUCCACCGACUCCUCCACCGUCACCGCCGUUGAAAGCUGCAACUCCUCCUCCUUCUCCGAUCCCAACCCCGCCACCCGCAACCUCUCCAACGCCAAUUUCUCCGGUGACCUCUGCGUUCCGCAGUAUGAUGACAUAGCGGAGCUAGAAUGGCUUUCGAAUUUCGUGGAGGAAUCGUUUUCGAGCGAGGACCUGCAGCAGUUGCAGCUGAUAUCGGGCAUGAAGGGGCCAAACGACGACGCAUCAGAGGCCCGUGGGUUCCACUCGGAGCCCACGAGGAACAGCCCGAUAUUCAAUUCUGAAGUGUCGGUUCCAGCCAGGGCCCGGAGCAAGAGGUCCCGCGGACCCCCAUGCAACUGGGCCUCGCGCCUCCUGGUGCUGUCCCCCGCGACGUCGUCCACGGAGCCCGAGGUGGUGGCUCCCAGCCCCACCUCGAGCCUGCCGGGCCCGGUCAGCGCGAAAAAGCCCGCGAAGGCGAGCCCGAGGAAGAAGGACAGCGGCGACGGGAGCGGGGGAGACGGGCGCAGGUGCCUGCACUGCGCCACGGACAAGACCCCACAGUGGCGGACCGGGCCCAUGGGCCCGAAGACACUGUGCAACGCCUGCGGCGUGAGGUACAAGUCGGGGAGGCUGGUGCCGGAGUACAGGCCCGCAGCGAGCCCGACGUUCGUGCUGACGAAGCACUCGAACUCGCACCGAAAGGUGCUGGAGCUGCGAAGGCAGAAGGAGAUGGUGCGGGCCCAGCAACACCAGCACCAGCACCAGCAGCAACAGUUCCUACCUCACCACCAUCACCAGAACAUGAUGUUUGAUGUAUCCAACGGUGACGAAUACUUAAUCCACCAACACGUGGGACCCGAUUUCCGGCAGCUGAUCUAGUAGGUGCUAGAGUAGGACCGCUGCGGUGGAUCCUGGGUAAUUUAAUUUGUAGCGGAGUUAUUAUUUGUUCAUUAGAGAGGGUACUUGGUUAUUGUUUCUUUUUCAUUAUUAUUCUAAUUUUGUUAGGGAAUGGUUUUUCCCUGUCUCAUCAUUUUCUUUGAGUUUAUGUAGACUGCUCUCGUGCUCAUGACUCUAAUAUUUUGGUAGAGUACUCCAGAAAGGUUAAAUGCUCAAAACUCAACAUUUUCAUGUUUUGCUA